CUCAGUCCGAACGAAGACACCAUCGUGUCUGGAUGAUUAUAAAAUUUGUGGCAAAUAAAAAAACAAUUAGUGAAUUCCAAUUAUGAAUUUAAUUAUCUCAAAAUUGAUGUGGAAAAAUGGAACGCGGAUCAACCAAUAUAUUUUCGCUAUAAUCAUAACAAUACCACUUCUAAGCUUCGGCAUGGUCCAAGGAUGGCUGUCCCCCAUGAUAUCCGUGCUGCAGUCUCCCGAAGGACCAUCCCCAGAACCGUUCACCACGUCUGACAUAUCAUGGAUGACAUCAGUGACUUACAUCACCGCGAUUAUAUUUGGAGCUCCCAUGGGACAUCUGACUGACAAAUAUGGGAGAAAGAUGAUGACGUUGAUCACUACUUUGUCUCUUAUUAUAUACUGGCAGAUAAAACUAUUUUGCUUGGAGCCUUGGGCGCUGAUCCUAGCUCGGGCUAUAGCCGGGAUCCCUUGCUCGGCCUGCUAUAUCGUACUGCCUAUCUACCUCAAGGAAAUCAGUGAUAUCGACUUGCGGGGGGCCCUGGGGUCAUUACUUAUAUUGAACAGAAACAUAGGUUACCUGGCCAGCUACGUAUGUGCUGACCUUCUGCCAGUGACCACGAUGCUCUGGAUGGGUCUCCUGGUGCCUACUGUUGUAUUCUUCAUUUUCCUCAUCAUGCCCGAGACUCCAGAGUUCCUGGUUAAGCAAGGGAAGGUUGAAGAAGCAAAGACUGUUUUGGCUUGGCUCCGCGGUCUUCCUGUGGUGGACCGGGCCACAGAGAUAGAAGUCGAAGGCAUAGUGAAGGUUGAGAAGCAAACCAGAGCAGGAAAGAGCUCGCCGUGGGGUAUUAUACUGCACGACAAGCCGACCUUCAAAGCCUUCAUCAUCACUCUAGUCAUCAAGAUCACCCAACAGUUUGACGGGUACCUCAUUGUGCUCAUAUACGCUGGCUUCGUAUUCGGCAGAGCCUCGGAGUCCAUUGACUUGAACCUCAGUCCAAACAAACAAGUCAUGAUGAUUGGUGUAGUCCAACUCAUAGGGUCUACUGUAGCCACUUGUAUUGUGGAGAAGACUGGGAGAAAGCUGCUUCUGGUAUCAACGUCGUUCGCAGUAGGCGUGGGGAUGUUACUCCUGGCCGCGUGGUUCUACCUGACGUCAGUCGGCGUGUGGAUGCCGGGCUGGUUACCUGUGCUCGCCAUGUGCCUCUGCAUAUUUGCGGACGCUGCCGGCUUCCAGCCCAUAUCGUAUAUCAUCAUCACUGAUCUGUUCACUUUCCAGUUACGAGGCACAGUAUCGUCCUUCGCCAACAUAUGCGCGAAGCUCAGCAACUUUGUCCAAACCAAAUGGUUCACGAGCCUCUGUGAGCUCAUAGGGAUCCACUGGACGUUCUUAUUCUUCUCCAUAGUGUGCUUCAUCGCCUGCUUUUACACAGUAUUGGACUUCCCAGAAACCAGGAAUAAGACUGUCGAAGAAAUAUAUACGAAAUUGUCCGGUAGAAAACGGGAGAAAGAGUUGAAAGAUGGCAACAAAAGUGAUAUUUUGCCCUAAGUGUGAUCGAGACAAAUAGUAUUUUGUGUUGUUUUUGUAAAUUUGGUGACUGCGUCUGUAUUUUCGAGGAAGUCGGCACAUAUAGUAAUAACUGUAACUAUAGAUAUUCUAUCGGCAUAAAGUUCCGUUUUUAAUAAAUUAUUUUUUUUGUAGCUAAGAUCUUGUCUAUUUAAGUGAUACAGGCACAUAGAAAUCGCAAUAAUUUCUAUGUAGGGAUAGGGAUUAAAAGGGAUGUGACUUUCAUGUGUAUCAUGUUUACUUUUUAGAAUUCCUUUAAUAAUAUGCUCAGUUUAGGA